CUCUAAUUAUCAUUUACUUUCGUAGGUUUUUAGGAGAAAUAAAAGAAAAAAAAAUGAUAAAACGCAGCGUUUUAACGAAAGGGAAGGUUACUUGAAAUAGUAAGUCGGGUAAAGAAAAACAAAAGGAAACACGAAACCGAAGAGAAGAUAAAAAAAAAAAAAGGUGUAAAGUUGGCUUCGCUGCUCUCAAGUCUCUAACUUUAUCUACGCUCAGCAGAGCAGCAGCGACCCCAUUUCUCACUCACUCACUCAUCACACAAAGAAACAAAAGCCCCCCAUUUUAUUUACUGUUAUCAUUAUUAUUAGUAGGGUUUUCCCCUAAAUUAUAAACAAAAUAAUAAUAAUAAUAAUAAUUGGUCCUUUUUCACCCACCGAUUCAACCCUCCUUAUGAUUUGAUAUUUUUUCCCCUAAAUUUUCACCAGAAUAUGUUAUGUGUUCCACAUCUUCAGGUUUUACUGCAUUGCUGCAUUCGUAGUUACGGUGUUUAAUCAACUACAUUAGGGUUUUCUGCUGCAUGAUUCAAUGGUGCCAGAGGGCUAGAAGAGCUAUGGACUGUUUUAAGACUGUUAGCCGUCUUAAAGGUUCCCUGUGCCAACAGUUAUUACUAUUCAUUCUCUGGUUAUCCAGUUUCCAAGAUGUAGCCGCAUCGCAGAUAUUGCUCGACUCUAGUCAUAUUUCUUCUACAUCUGAGCUAGCUAAUCCACCAAAUCCACCAACUACUGGAUUAUUUGAACCUAUAGAAAUAUCCCCUGCUGUCAUUCCUCGUUACCCGUAUCCUGGUGAAUCUUUGCCACCUAUGUACCCAACUUUUCCCACCACAUAUGAACCAAAUUUAACGGGAAGGUGCCCUGUAAAUUUUUCUGCAAUGUCGAAUAUCAUGGAGAAGACGGCAUCUGAUUGUUCUCUACCAUUGGCGGCAAUUGUAGGAAAUGUAAUAUGUUGUCCACAGCUUGGUAGUUUACUCCACAUCUUCCAGGGUUACUACAGUAUCAACUCUGAUAAGUUGGUCUUGCGAAAUGCUGUUGCUAAUGAUUGUUUUUCAGAUAUCAUUAGUAUCUUAGCUAGCAGAGGGGCCAACAGUACAAUACCUACACUUUGCUCUGUAAAAUCAUCAAAUCUGACAGGUGGGUCUUGUCUGGUGAAGGAUGUUAAUACCUUUGAGAAAACAGUUAAUACAAGCAAGUUAUUGGAGGCUUGCAGCAUUGUUGAUCCUCUAAAGGAGUGCUGCAGGCCAGUUUGCCAAUCUGCAAUUAUGGAAGCUGCUCUACAGAUUUCUGGAACACAAAUGAUGCUCAAUGAGAAUAAAAAUGUGGUUGGGGAGACUAAUCAUAUUGAUGCCAUCAAUGACUGUAAAGGGGUGGUAUAUUCAUAUCUUUCAAGGAAGCUUCCACCAGAUGUGGCAAACACUGCAUUCCGAAUACUAUCUGCCUGCAAAGUCAACAAGGUUUGCCCUUUGGAAUUUAACCAGCCCUCAGAAGUAAUAAAGGCAUGCCGUAAUGUAGCUGCUCCCAGUCCUUUAUGUUGUAGCUCAUUAAAUACUUACAUUGCGGGGAUACAGAAGCAAAUGUUAAUUACAAACAAGCAAGCCAUAAUCUGUGCAACUAUGUUUGGGUCAAUAUUAAGAAAAGGUGGAGUUAUGACAAAUGUUUAUGAGCUUUGUGAUGUUGACUUAAAAGAUUUUAGCAUCCAAGUAUAUGGUCAACAAGGAUGCCUACUACGAAGCUUGCCAUCAGAUAUGGUAUUUGACAAUUCAACAGGCUACAGCUUUACAUGUGAUUUGACUGACAAUAUUGCAGCUCCAUGGCCUUCCUCAUCUUCAAUGUCGUCCUUGUCUCUUUGUGUUCCAGCAGAGAUGUCAUUGCCCGCCUUACCAACAUCGGACAUGCUGAAAAAUACUGGCUGCCAUGGUUGCACGUUGGAAAUCUUGGUACCCAUUUUUUCAUUUUUUGUUUUCAGUACAUUUUUGUACUGAAGAGAGUUAUAGAGUGAGGGAUUGAGCCGGUUUGAAGUUGUAGGGGUUUUCAGUAAUUGACUAUGUCAUGUGUGGGGAAUUUACAUGUAUAUUUUGAGUAAACCUUCUUCGUGUAUAGUAGUAUCUAUUUCUUUCC